CUCUCCGGGUAAACAGCGAUGGCUGCCGAGGAAGGAGGCGGAGAGCCCGACAACAACAUGGGGAAUCACCUGCAGCUCCUACCCGCAGAGAGUGAGGAAGAGGAUGACCUUGAAAUGGAAGUUGAAGAUCAAGAUAGUAAAGAAGCUGAAAAGCCAAACAUUAAUUUUGACACCAGUCUGCCAACAUCACAUAUGUAUUUGGGUUCUGAUAUGGAAGAGUUUCACGGGAGAACGGUGCAUGAUGACGACAGCUGUCAAGUGAUUCCAGUGUUGCCCCACGUGGUGGUGAUGUUGAUUCCUGGACAAACCUUGCCUCUUCAGCUUUUUCGCCCUCAAGAGGUUAGCAUGGUGCGGAAUUUAAUUCAGAAAGACAGAACCUUUGCUGUUCUUGCAUACAGCAAUAUACGUGAAAGGGAAGCACAUUUUGGAACAACAGCCGAAAUAUAUGCCUACCGAGAAGAACAGGAGUUUGGAAUUGAAACAGUCAAAGUGAAAGCAGUAGGAAGACAGAGGUUCAAGGUGCUUGAAAUAAGAACUCAGUCAGAUGGAAUCCAGCAGGCUAAAGUACAAAUCCUUCCUGAGCGAGUGCUGCCUUCGACUAUGUCAGCUGUACAGCUGGAGUCUCUCAACAGAUGCCACAUAUUUCCUUCUUCCAAACCUACAGCAUGGCAGGACCAACAUAUACAUCAAUGGUGGCAGAAAUAUCAAAAGCGGAAGUUUCACUGUGCUAGUUUGACUUCUUGGCCUCCAUGGCUCUACUCUUUAUAUGAUGCUGAAACCUUAAUGGAAAGAGUCAAGUGGCAACUACAUGAGUGGGAUGAAAAUCUUAAAGAUGAAUCUCUUCCAUCAAAUCCAAUAGAUUUUUCUUACAGAGUUGCUGCUUGCCUGCCAAUUGAUGAUUCAUUACGUAUUCAGCUGCUUAAAAUAGGAAGCGCUAUUCAGCGACUGCGGUGUGAAUUAGAUAUUAUGAACAAAUGUACAUCUCUUUGUUGUAAGCAAUGUCAAGACACAGAAAUAACAACUAAGAAUGAAAUAUUCAGUUUAUCCUUGUGCGGACCUAUGGCAGCAUAUGUGAAUCCUCAUGGGUAUGUCCAUGAGACCCUUACAGUGUACAAAGCCUGCAACUUGAAUCUGAGUGGCCGACCUUCUACAGAGCACAGUUGGUUUCCUGGGUAUGCAUGGACUAUAGCCCAGUGCAGAAUUUGUGGGAAUCACAUGGGGUGGAAGUUCACAGCUGCUAAAAAAGAUCUGACUCCUCAAAGAUUCUGGGGAUUGACCCGAUCUGCUCUCCUGCCUAGAAUUCCAGAAGAUGGCUCAGGCAACGAUAGAACACCAUUACUUUGCCUGUAAUCUAGUAACCUGUUUUUGGAAUGAAUAAGCAGCUGCCAGUGUCUCUCAAUUGAACGUGGUCAGUGCUGCUUCUGAUGCUUGCUUAAAUAAGUUUUUUUUUAAAUGAAAGCAAAGAAAAAGACAAGCAUCGUUACAUUUUGGGUUUGGUGCACAGACAAGGUACUGUUGUUUCCAGAUACACUGGGAAUUGAAGGUUGUGUCUUAAAAUUUGACAACUGGGAAGAGAAGUACAGUGAGAGACCUGCAAAUGCAUCUGAUUCUAGGAAUGUCAGAUAAAUGCUGAAACAGAUUACUCAAACUUGCCACCGUAUAAUUUAAGAAGAUAUUUACUGCUAUUGAAUUAAGGUAAAAG